GGCCGAACCUCCAUGCAGAGAGGGUGCGGUUUAAUGGGCUGGCACUUCUGCUGCUCUCAGGAAUAAAUUGGUCAAGUUUAGCAUUCCUUAGUGCAGGACCACUUCAGUAUCUUGUGUACAACCUUUUGCUGUCUUUUUCAAAAAUAAGGUUUAGAACAAUGGCUGCUCUUUAUGAGGCAAACACCACCUUUGCUUUGGAGAUGUACAAGAAGAUAAUUGAGGAAAAGAAAGGCGGCAACAUCUUCAUUUCCCCACUCAGUAUGUCAUUAUCUUUGUCUAUGGUCCUCUUCGGAGCAAAAGGUAACACUGCUGCACAGAUGUCAAAGGCACUCCAUUGCGACAAAGUUGGGAAAGCUCCAGGUAUUCCUGGGGAAGAACUGGAUCAACCCUUUUCAGGUAUGGACCAAAAAAGAGUGAUGCAACAAAGAACCUGUGUUGGAAUGGAGCAGAGAAAAGAUCCCCAUCAUCAUCAUCAUCAUCAACAACAUCAUCACCAUAGUGCUCCUCAGAGGGCUCUGCAGCUUGACAAAUGUGAGGAUGUUCAUUCCCUGUACCAGGAACUUAUCACAGCAAUAAAUAGCCCAUCUGCUGUUGGCACCCUGAAGAUGGCCAAUCGCCUUUUUGGAGAACAGACACACGACUUUUCACAAGACUACAUUACAGCAAUUAAAAAAUUUUAUCAUGCAGAACCUGAAGCAUUAGAUUUUGUGGGUGCACCAGAUUCGGCAAGGACACACAUCAAUGAAUGGGUAGAGGGCCAGACACAAGGUACGUGCAGUGCUGUAUGA